AUGUCUGCCAACGAAUUUUAUCAAGAGUCUCAACAAGCUACAUAUCAACCAUAUAACAACAACAACAACAAUUACGAUCAGCAAAGUCGUCAAUAUAACCAGCCACCACAACAGCAAUAUAACCAACCACCACCACAACAGUAUAACCAACCACCACAGCAACAAUAUGGCCAACAAGGCCAAUAUGACCAAGAGGGUGGUGAAAGAGGUUUGAUGAGUACUAUGAUUGGUGGUACAGCUGGUGCAGCCGUGGGUUCAAAGAUGUCUCACAAGCAUUCGACUAUGGGGGGCAUCGGUGGUGCUAUUGCCGGUGCCAUGAUUGCUAACAAGAUUUCGAAUAGUAUGGACAAGCAUAAACAUGAACAUCAUCAUGGUAAUGAACAUUCCCAUCAUCAUGGAGGUUACCAAAACGGCCCAGGCGGCCCAAACCGUUGGUAA